AGAUACAAUAAAAUAAUUUCACUUCCACCUCAUUCAUUCGCUAUAUUGAAAUCUACUGUCAAUAGAAAUAGGAAAUGAGUAGGCUAGUAUGGAAAUGUUAGAAUGAAGCCAUUGUUACAUGAAGGUAAAUUUGACUACCCAUCAAAUGUGAAUGUCUAUUUACUACGGAGGUAUACGGGCUUGCUUUUGUUUUAUAAUAUUAAUUCAAUAUGGUAACAUACAUUUACUCUGCAACACUGUCAGGGAAUAAACAUUUGGUCGGGAAAAAGCUAUAAUGACAUUAGAGAAAAUAAGUUGAUGUUAUAUUAAUGUCCUGAAGAGGGUGGUAAUGCUUCUAAUAUCGUCCAACUUGCCAAUAAUUUAAAAAAGAAGAAGAAUGAACUCUUCUGAUUUUCCCUUUGCAGCGCAUGGUUUACACAAAUGAAUCAUGUUCUGCUGCGUGGUGUAAUGCAGCGCCACAAAGCGAGUGUGGAGGUAAAGCAGGUGAUUGGAACGUUGUGUAAAUUACUGACGGCUACCGGACUUCAACAUGUCCCGACGCCGGAGACGUUUAGACGGGCGAAGUUUGGCGAAGUCGACGUGGAGGAUCGACUCUGGCAGCUACUAGCCAACAUCCUCCAGACGACAACUGUGUCCUCUGCUGGCUGCACACAGAUGAUAAACGUCACCGCUGAGCAUAGGAUGCUGGUGAGCACAGGCCUGUGGCAGAGUGGUUACUAUGCUGGCUGGAUGUAUGGGAGGGAGGUGGGAGGAGUCUCUAGUCGGGAGCUCCUUCUGGCACUUGGCUGGGUACUUGCUGCUGGAACGCUAGAGAAACUUCUGACCCAACGAGUACAACAACUGGACAAAAUACUACUCCCCCCCAUACUUAUGAAAGUUGAGAUUCCUCAUGAUCCCCUGGUCGAGUGCAGCUCAGUGAGAAGACUUCAGUGGCUCAUUGGUUGCCUGAAACACCAGGGACGGAUACUGCUGUCCAUGCAGGAUGAGCGAGCCUCUUUGUUACAUGCUGUUUUUUCUACAAGCCUAACUUCUGGAUUAUCUUCCUCGGGUCAAAGUUGUACAGCACUGAAUGAGACAUGCAUCGGUGUACAGGAGCUUUGUGACCUUCUUGGAUUGUACCUAAACUGGAAGCAGGUGGAAAAUGUUUUCUGGACCUGGAUGGACAGUGUGGUGGAUUACCAUGUGAAGGACGCUGUCGCUAAGAGGCCUACGCAAAUUGUCACGAGGGCUGCCGAUGCUUGCCACCCUGGACAACUGGCUGUCGACAAACUGGAGGAUGUAUUGCUGAGACUGAAAACAGUGCAGAAAGGACAGAAGACUGGGAGAGGGGACGUUAUGGACAGAAAAUGCAGACUUCAGGAUACCUUGGACACUGACAUGUGUUAUCUUGAAUCUUUCCCUCCCCUGCUGUCUGUCUCUCAGCCAUACAGAGCCAGAUUCCAAGCUGAGAAGACGGUCAACAGUUGGUCAGUUAAGACUUUACAUGGCAUGGUUAAGGAGACAAAUGAGCUCCCAGUGUCUCAGGUUGUAGAGCUGCUCACUCACACGGAGCGACAGCUGCUGGAGGGGAGGGACACACAGAGACUGGCGAACAGGAUUCAGCUGCAGGAGAUGAUUGGCAGACUGAACGAACUUGUGCUUAUAACGCCGUAAAUAUAAUUUCUUUGUGUUCAGCACAUUACUUUGAAGUGCCUUAACAUAUGAUGGAUGUUUUAGGCUAAGAAAAUAAGGGUUCUUUUCCGUAUAAUUUGAUCAAUAAUGGUAAAGACAUGGCCCACUGAAUUUCUUUUUGAAAUGGAGUUAUCCAUCAAAAGGUCUGUUUCUAAGAGAAAAAAAAUCUAAAGUAAUAUUUUUCCAAAUUUUUAAUGCCAAAAUGUUUUUACCGUUAGGUACCUGAAAUGAAGUUUCAUUAUUUGCAACGUUUUCUGAAGAUUCUAAUUUGAUUUAUUGAUAUAGGAUCUUUGUUCUAUUGCCUAAUAUGCCCUUUUGGUGAAAACUUAACACAUUCAUCUUAGUGUCUUCAGAGUUUUGCAUUCACACAAUAGCAGAUAGAAAAAUAAAUGGUGUUAUUUCUGAUAUCUGAAUGAAUGGGUAUGAAUUUUUGAAAGUGUCCAAAAUAUUGCAUGUCUUUACUGUUAAUACAAUUGUAUAAAGAGUAUAAUGGGUUUAUUGAGCAGUUAGGAUCAUUUAUGCACUUGUAUCCACAGAGUUUGAAUGGCAAGACAUGUACAUUGUGCAACUUACACGAUUUUUUUUUUUGAGGCUCUUGUCUUUACCGUAAUGCACUUUUGCCUUUGCCUUUACUAUGAAAGCGAAACAUUUUAAAUAAUCACUUCAUAAAUUGGAACUUUAAAUGUGGCCGUUUCACAAUUGGAGACAAUUACCCAUAUAAAAACCAAUACGACAUAAACAAAUUGCUACAUUAGAAAUUUUUUCAGUGUCUUUGGCGUUAUGAAUCAAAUUAUAUCAAAAUGACCCACAAGGUGGUAAUGGUAAUCAAAAAAUGAACAAUUUAAAUAUAAAUAUAUACCGUAUUUUCACGACCAUAAGGCGCACUUAAAAGUCUUACAUUUUCUCCAAAAUGGAGAAAUGCUUAUGCACUUAGAAGCACUUAUAAUGCUUAUGUGUGCACCGAGUUCAAAAAUCUGUAAAUGUUGUGUGACUUUGAUGAGCGCUCCCCUUGACUGGCUCCUGCCGACGCUGCUUAUAUAGAGGAAAGGCGGACGUGACUGAGGACCACAUGCGGACGUUAAAGGGGGAAGGGUGUGCGUGAAAGAGGACGCUAAAGGCACGCCCCCAGUAGGUAUAUAGCGCUGGUCUGUGGAUUGUGCAAAACAACAUCGGUUUGGCUAACGACCCCCGAAAAUAGCAUCUACGAAGAGACACUCUUACGAAGCACAGUUUAAACUGCAAGCUAUCAGUUACGCGGAGGAACAUGGGAAUCGAGCAGCUGCGAGAUAAUUAAAGAUCAACGAAUCGAUGGUUCGCAAGUGGAGGAAGCAGGAAAACGAGCUUCGCCAAGUCAAAAAGACGAAGCUGAGUUUCCGCGGAAACAGGGCGAGGUGGCCCGAGUUGGAAGACCAACUCGAGCAAUGGAUUAAUGAUCAAAGAACAGCUGGGAGAAGCGUCUCUACAGUCACCAUUUGACUGAGGGCAAUAAUGCUUGCAGAAGAAAUUAAAAUCAAACAUUUUCAAGGUCCGUCUUGGUGCUUUCGUUUUAUGAAACGGCACCAUCUAUCCAUCCGGGCAAGGACUACUGUGGAUCAGCAACUUCCGGCGGAUUAGAAGAAAAAGAUGGCCAUCUUCCGCUCCUACUGCAGUAAAAAGAUUGCCGACAAACACAUCCAGCCCAACUACAUCACCAACAUGGACGAGGUGGCGCUCACUUUCGACAUCCCGGUGAACCACACUGUAGAGAAGCAGGGGACCAGCACGGUAGCGAUACGCACAACAAAUGUUUUAGCGUGCAUACAUGCUACCGUAUGUUUUAAGCUAGCGUAUGUUUUACCAUGCCUGCACCCAAUAAUACGGUGCGCCUUAUGUAUGUGUUAAAUACAGAAAUAGACCCCGUAACUGAGACUUGCCCUUUUAAUACGGUACACCUUAUUGUCGCGAAAAUACGGUAUAUAUACGCAACACUCGUUUUGGCUUCCAUUUUUCAUUCGAGAUUAAAUGGCUUUUGCUUUGCAUAGCAGAGUUUCAAGUUGCACUUACGGAUGUAGCGUCGAACUGUAUUUACUGAAAUUGGUUUUCUGAAGUGUUCCUGAGCCCAUGUGGUGAUAGCCUUUACACAUUAAUGUCGGUUUUUGAUGCAGUGCCGCCUGAGGGAUUGGAGGUCACAGGCAUUCAAUGUUGGUUUUUGGCCUUGCCGCUUACAUGCAGUUAUUUCUCCAGAUUCUCUUAACCUUUUGAUGAUAUUAUGGACCGUAGAUGAUGAAAUCCCUAAAUUCCUUGCAAUUGUGCGUUGAGGAACAUUGUCCUUAAACUGUUCAACUAUUUUCACAUGCACUUUUUCACAAAUAGGUGAACCUCACCCCAUUUUUGCUUGUGAAAGACUGAGCAAUUCAGGGAAGCUCCUUUUAUACCCAAUCAUGACACCCACCUGUUCCCAAUUAGCCUGUUCACCUGUGUGAUGUUCCAAACAAGUUUUUGAUAAGCAUUCCUCAACUUUCUCAGUCUUUUUUGCCAUCUGUCCCAUCUUGUUUUUCUUUAACCAAACCUGCUUCGUUUCCGCUUGAGUUCCGGAGGAAGACCACCCCCAAAGACCAGCUGAUCUGCGUUUGUGAGUUGACACUGCAAUUCUUACUAUGAUGUCCAACAUCAGUGCUUAAUAAUUUUGGGUAAAUUACUAACUUCACACGAAAUCCCAACUUUGCCUUCUCUCGCUCUGACACAAUGCAUUAAAUGCUCACACGCUCAUUUAUUUUAGCCCAGCGUCCAUAGACAUGAUGUCCUCUUUUCCAUUUUUGUACGCCUAAUUUUCUUUCUUUCUUUUAUCAUUAGUGUUAUUUUCUUUUUGUAGUUGUAGCUGUGUGUUUCCUUAGAUGUCAUUAAAUAUAGCAUAAAAUUA